CGGCUGGCGGCGGGCGGGGAGCGGCCGGGGGAUCUCCGCGGUGUGACCUGGGCCGCGGAGAGGCCUCUGGCGUAGCCCAGAGCCCGUGCCUGACACCCGGUGUCCGAGGUCAAUGCUUUCCUCCCAGAGCCUUGCUCUUUCUCACCACCCCACGGGAUAAUGCUGUUUUGCAGACAAGCACACUCGAGCCGUGUGUGCACUGCUAUUUGAGCAGCGCUGUGCAAUGGGCAACAGCUCCUGAAACUGCGCAGAGCUCAAAAAGUUUCUUUAUAAACCAUUGGAGCUGUCAUGGAGGAAUGUGCUGAGCCCUGCCCUGCAACAACCCCACCUUGCACACACCAGUGAUUAGCCGAGAUUAGCUGAGUGUCUCUCUGCCUUCUGUAAUCGGGGUUUAUAAUAAGCACGUACGAGAACAUCCUGGCUAUGGGGUGUUGGGGAGCUGCGGAAGGAGGGUGUCAGGAAAGUGCAAAUGGAAGGGGCAGUACAGAGAUCAACACUAGGAUGUGCAAACUGUGGAAACUGUAGGGGCAGUUUGUGUCUUAACUAUUGUGUCAUGGCUGGGGGAUGUUUUUCAGGUCUUAGGGUCACCUGGGUGACCUUGGACAAAUCUUUUUUGUUCUGCCCAAGUUUCACUUUUAGCUAAGUGUGGGGAGGUCAGCCUGUCAGGUCCUUUGUGUGCAGUGCUAGAAGUCCAGUAUCAGUAGGAACUGUUCAGAGAGGAAUGUUUGUGUCCAGUGGCAGGAGGAGGACUGGGAAAGUCAGUGGGAGGGGAUUUCUGAUUGACAGUAUUUGAGUGGUGCAAGAGAGAGAAGGCCUCACUAGAGUGCUGUCAGGGAUAAUUAUUAUGACAGCUUUGAGGGUCAAUUAGCUCACGCAAUAACCGUGGUCUUAUUAUAGUACACUGUAAACCUGUAGGUACUAAGGUUAGCAAAGGUGAGGAAUUUUUUCCUCUGACAGCAUUAUUUGCAUGGUCUAACGUAACUUGUGAAUUUUCACUGUUUAGCUGCAUGCUCUCCUUAGGGGUGAGGUGUGCUCUGACCUGUCAGGUUUUUCUUUGCAGGCAUCAUCACCCUUUAAGGUCUGUGCAGGAAGCCGUGUCUGGGGAAAGCUGUGGGGAAUUGAUGCUUCUGUCCACUCCCUUUGGGGCUGAGAUUCAUUAAUAUAUUAGAUCUGUAGUCAGAUGGAUGUCUGUAGAAGAAAGAGUCUGGAAAAUGAAGCUAAAAGAAAUUGAGCGAACAGCUGUGCAGGCAUGGAGUCCGGCAAACAACCACCCUAUUUACCUAGCAACAGGAACAUCUGCUCAACAACUGGAUGCAUCCUUCAGUACAAAUGCCAACUUGGAAAUAUUUGAGGUUGACUUCAGGGAUCCCUCCCUGGACAUGAAGCAGAAAGGAGCACUUCCUGCCUCAAACAGGUUUCAUAAGCUGAUGUGGGGGAACUUUGGAAAUGGGUCUGCAGAGCCCUCUGGGGUGCUCGUUGGUGGGGGAGAUAACGGAGUGCUGACAAUGUACAGCGUCCAGCGCAUCUUGACUUCCAAGGGAGACCCUGUCAUUGGCCAGACAGAGAAACACUCAGGUCCUGUUCGAGCCCUCGACUUCAACCCUUUUCAGAGUAAUCUCUUGGCUUCUGGAGCCAAUGAUUCUGAAAUUUUCAUCUGGGACUUGAAUAAUUUCAGCGUGCCUAUGACUCCAGGGACUAAAUCACAGCCUCAUGAAGACAUCAGUGUGGUGUCCUGGAAUCGGCAGGUGCAGCAUAUCCUGUCCUCUGCUCACCCCAGUGGCAAGGCUGUGGUUUGGGACCUCAGGAAGAAUGAGCCCAUCAUCAAAGUCAGUGACCACAGCAACAGAAUGCAUUGCUCAGGAAUGGCCUGGCAUCCAGAAGUUGCAACCCAGCUAGUCCUUUCCUCUGAGGAUGAUCGUUUGCCAGUGAUCCAAAUAUGGGACUUACGCUUUGCUACCUCCCCUCUCAGCCAGCUGGAAGGGCACACGAGGGGAGUUCUUGCUGUUUCGUGGUGCCAGGCUGACCCUGAGCUGCUGUUGAGUAGUGCCAAAGAUAACCGGAUCUUAUGCUGGAACCCAAGUAUGGGGGAGGUGGUGUAUGAGUUGCCCAUUCGGAGUCAAUGGUGCUUUGAUGUCCAGUGGUGUCCUAGGAAUCCUUCAGUCUUCUCUGCUGCCACUUUUGAUGGGUGGAUCAACGUUUAUUCUGUUAUGGGUGGGAACUUAGAAGCUCAGCAGAGGACACAGGCUGACAAGAUCUCUUCCUCCUUCAACAACCUGGAUCCCUUUGGCACAGGACAGAGCCUUCCUCCUCUGCAGGUGCCAGAGCAAGUAACUCAGACCACCUUGAUUCCACCAUUAAAAAAGCCUCCCAAGUGGAUUCGCAGACCUGUGGGGGUUUCAUUUGCAUUUGGAGGAAAACUGAUUACCUUUGGUCAUACCAAAGCUCCUGGACAGCAAAUGCAGCAGACUUAUCCACACCAGGUAUUCAUCAGUCAAGUCACUACUGAAACUGAAUUCCUACUCCGAUCCAAAGAACUGCAGAUGGCCUUGCAGUCAGGGAACCUCCUGGAUUACUGCCAGGGCAAGAUCCAGACAGCCAAGCUGCCAGUUGAUGAGAACCUUUGGAACUUCUUGAAGGUGAAUUUGGAGCAGGACUCCCGGACUAAACUUCUCAAGUUGCUGGGCUACAGUAAAGAGGAUCUUCAAAAAAAGAUCACCUCAUGUUUGAGUAAUGGGAUCCCAGAUAAACAGCCCCUUCCUGAGGCAGGCGAUAAAAACGCUGGACCAGAUCAGCUUUUGAUGAAUUCCAGCGAUGAUGUAGCUGCUGUUUCUUCCUCUUCAGCCUUUUUUGAUAACCUCAUCCCACAGAAUAUGAGCACUUUGGAGAUUCCUGUCACAGAAGAUACAGAUGGGCUCAUCAGCCAAGCCCUUUUGUUGGGGAAUUUUGAGGGUGCAGUGGAGCUGUGCAUGCGAGCAGAGCGCUUUGCUGAUGCCAUCAUCUUAGCUAUAGCUGGUGGGGAUAAGCUCCUAAAGGAAACCCAGAAGCGCUACUUUGCCAAGCAGAAAACAAAUCUCUCCGUGCUGCUUUCCUCCAUUGUGCAGCAGAACUGGCAAGAUAUUGUUUGCAUGUGUGAUCUACAGAGCUGGAAGGAGGCAUUGGCCAUCCUGUUAACAUACUCAAAGCACGAAGACUACACUCAGCUCUGUGACAUGCUGGGUGCCCGCCUGGAGUCAGAGGGAGAUGCAGCCCUGUCCAAUGAUGCCUGCCUCUGCUACAUCUCAUCAGGCAAUGUGGAGAGGCUGGUGGAAUGCUGGGUAAAAAACCAUGAGACUUCGUCACCACUGGCCCUACAGGAUCUCAUAGAGAAGGUGAUGGUGCUGAGCAGGUCCAUUGAGAUGCUCCGAGGAAUAGCAGGACCAGCACCAGGCCCUGUCUUGGCAGAACGAAUCACCCAAUAUGCCAAUCUCCUGGCAUCACAAGGAUGCUUGGCAGCUGCAAUGAAUUACCUACCCAGCAGCUCUAAAGAGCUCCUGAUUGAACAGCUCCGAGACCGGCUCUUUCACGCUCAAGGAGAGAGUGUGGGUAAUCAGCAGCCACCCCCUUUCCCCUACACUCGUGUCAAUGUAGGGGUCAUUAAACCCACAGCAGCCAAGGGUGGUUCCACCCUUGAAGGAGCAGCCCACAAAGCAGGUCCCAGACAUCCAGAGAAGCCCAACUAUCAGUCAUCGUUUGCCCCUUCAGCACCAUCUCAGCCUUCAGUGCCUUCCCUCUUCACACCUCAGCCAGUGCCAGGGAUGUCUGUGACACCUCACCACAUUGCCCCUCCCCAGGCCAGCACGGGUCCACCAACAAGUGUCUAUUCCAGAGGGCACCCAUAUCCGCAGUACAACUUGGGCUUGAAUCCAGCAACUGUCUCAGGGCCAGCUGUGUCACAGUCUCAGCCAUUUGGACCAGUGGGAGUCAGACCUGUUGGUCCUGCUCCCUUCUCCAACCAGCCCUCUCUGCCAGGACAGUCCAUGCCCAUGACAUCUCCUGGUGUUCCACCACCCAGACCUGCCUUCUUCGCUCCAGCCUCAGUCCCGUCAUCUCAGCUUCCUGCAGCUUGUCCUCUCCCUGUGGCAAGCCAGUCUCCUCUAGACUUCUCUUCAGCACCUUUCAACUGCCCCAUGAACAUGGGUUAUCCUCAGGGAGGUCCUGGAGCUCCAUCUACUAAACCACUGCCAGCAGCUAUUCCUCCUCCUCCCACAGGUUUCUUCCCUUGGCUAGAUCCCCACACGGAUCAUGCAGCUCAGGAAUCUUGGAGUGAUCCCUCUACUGGAAGAGGAGGCCUUCAAAAGAAAAAGUUGCCUGAGAAAUUUACUCCUCUGGCCCCCAUCACAGCUCCAGUAAUGGGCAUGCCUGCUGAAUCCCAAGGGACCCAUCCUCAGCUAUCCAGGUUGCAAGAAUCUGGCCAGUCACCCCCAGGAGCACCCAAGGAAGGCAACCUACAGUAUCACCAGCUACCUGGGGAAAGCAUUGAGAAGAAGGAGCUGCCCCCUGAGCACCAGGCUUUGAAGACUACAUUUGAAGGGUUGGUGCAACGCUGCUCGGCUGUUGCCACUGAUCCAAAAACACGAAGGAAGCUGGAGGACGCGUUGCAGCGGCUGGAGUGUUUGUAUGAGAAGCUCCGAGAACAGGCACUCUCUCCAGCCAUCCUCAUGGGUCUCCAUGAAAUUGCCCGAUGCAUUGAGGCUAAGAACUACCCACAAGGUCUCCUGGUUCACACCCAAGUUGUGAGCAGCAGCAGUUUCAGUGAGGUGUCUGGUUUUAUGCCCAUCCUGAAAGUCCUCAUGACCAUAGCAGGCAAGCUGAAUGUGUAAAGUGUGGAGCAGCUGGAACAGUGCACACCAAGAGCUGGUGGACCACCUCACCUGUUGAUGUGCUGCAGAUUGUGGAUUCUCCUUCUGACUCUGGAGAAAUAGAUUUGUGCCAGUGCCUGGAACUGUACUAGGCCACCAUGCCUGGCCCCAUCCACUUUCCAGACAGCCCACUGGUGCCUGCAGCUCCUUGAGCCUGUUCUUUCUCUCGUCUUUCUUACUAGUCUUAGGCCACUUUUCAGCCCGGGGAUCUCAAUUUCAGGCUCUCCAGGUUGCACAGAGGUCCUUCUUCUUCCCUACAUCUCCAGCACAAAGGGGAAACUUCACUUCUAGGCUGACACUGCUUUUUAUUUUUCAGGAAACAAACAGGGCUGGUACCUGCAGCAGCACCACAGAAGAGCGUCAGGCUCUAUUCUCUGCUGCAGAGUAAACUUCCUGAGUGGUAGCUGGGCUGCCUUGGGAAUCUAGGCUGGUGUGUCCUCAUUCUGUUGGGCUGCAGCUAAGAUCUCUGCUGGCUCUUUCUCUUCAUUCUCAUCCUUGACUCACUCUUUCACCCCUCUGCACCCAUAUCCUGCUCCAGCUGGGGCUAACUACUAGUCUACUCUGGGCCAGCUUUAGUUCUUUCUUCUUCACCUUGCUCUCUUGUUUUUAAAAGUCAAAUCUCCUAUUUAUCCUCUGUCCAACUUCCUUUAUAUCAUUUGCCCCAUCAGCUGCAGGCUCAAGCCCAUACUAUUUCAGGUCCAGGGAUGAUUUCCCUUUCCAGUUCCUGGGACUCUCCCAUUCAGGAAUUUGGUAGGUUGUGCUCUGUGUGCUUCUCUCCAGAGCUGGUCACAUCCUGUCUUGGGGCUAAAAGCUGCCCUUUCUGGCUCCUGGCCUUUUUCACUUAUUUUAUUUUAGCACAGCUGGACUUUUACCCACUGGUGUUAUCUAAAGGCUUCCUACUUCAGGUUUUUCAGAUGGCCUAGGGACUUUAAGAGCAGCAGGGAUCAUUUUAAGUCCCAUAAAGAUUUCCCUUGAGCUACCCUGACCAGCCCAGACUUGAGCAGGGAGAGACAGCUCAUUGCUACAGGUAUGGUGCAUUCAUACUGCCUACAGUUGCAGAUACAUGCAAAGGUGGUUCUCAAAGGCCCCUUGGCACUAUGGUGGUAGGAAUAUGCUGCAGGAGAUGAUGCUGUCAGGACUUGAAGACAUGGAUUGUGCUGAGACUUGUCAUCACUGUGGCAAUUCCUCUGGGAGUAGAUGAAUGAAGCGUAUCUGUUCUGAGGAAGAAGUCUGGGAAAGCAGAUGGGGAUUUUAGGGCACAUCUCUAUGUGUGUAUAUUUCCCUCUCUUCCUCCCUCCUUGCCUUCUCUCUCAACAUCCUUCUUACUAGCCAGGCAGCAUAAUCAUUGAUCCAUAGCUGAGAGCAAGGCUUAUUCCCAAGAUUUGGAUGCAGCCAGUUCCUACUUGCUCUGCUUGCUUGAGUGAUAAUGCUAUCAUGGGCCUGCGGUUCAGUGACAUACACGAAUCAACCUAGUCUACCAUGAGACUUAGGAGGGAGGAGAAUCAGAAAAGGGAGGAAGAGGACCUGUCUCAUUCUCUCCUUUCCAGGUCAAAGUGCCUCCUUGUUGCUGCUGUGUUGUUUCUAUUGCUGCGGUUUGAUGCACUGAGAAAUUACAGAACAGUGAAAUAAAAGCUGUGUUUUUGUGAUA